GUUGAAUCCAAUUAACUUUAGAUGUGCCAGCUUGUAAACCAGUUACUAAAGAAGCUCUGAAAAGUACCAAUCCCUUAGAUCCUGUAUAUACCACGCGGCCAAGACAUGGGCAGAGCGCUCUGUAUGGGAGUUCGCCGAUGAUCAUUCCCAUAUCGAAGUGACCACAAGUGAGUACGUCUUCCUCCGUUUCAGCAUACAUUUCACCUUAACAACGUAUGGUUCCCCGUUAUCUUCGCAACCUCGUAUGGGACCGUUUUGACAAACCGUCGAUUCGUUCCACAGCUUCUGUCUCUGUCACUCACUCUCCAUUACCCGACGUUCCUCUUCAUACUCGUAAUGAUCCUGUUAUGAAUGACACUCUUCGCAUACACUCUUUGCUUUUCAAGAUUGUAUCAGGUAUCAAUGUUGACCGCUUUCAAUAUCUGCUACAAGACCAUCCCAAUCAACCCUUUGUUUUGUCAGUAUGCCGACCUCUUCGUGAGGGUUUCUGGCCAUGGGCUGUGUCCGAUGACAAACCCGCGGGCUAUCCUCUUACUUGGGAUGCUGCUAAACCUUCCCCUCGAUAUCGCAAACCCAAUGCCAAUCUCGGAGCCCUGAGCUCCCUCAUGCUGAUCUGUUGGCUAUGCAAUCCCGAUGGACCUACACUGGUUGGAUCCCAUGCUGUCGACCGCCGGGACGUUGCUAAAAUGGUCGUCGCUUCACUCACCGCACUUCCUACCCCCCAAGUAGGCCGUAAGCAGAUUAUCGUCAAUGUAGAUUGGUUCAAUGGCCGGAACGCUGUAGAUAUUAUUGCUCGUCAUCGACCCGAACUGAAGCCUCAUUUGUCCAGACAAGCUUUGGCAGAGGAACCGCAUGGAGAGCAUUAUGUUGCUGAUCGGUCGAGGGCCAGAGAAGUUCUUAGGCUCACGGAGUAUACCAUGGGAGGAGACUGUGUUGGGUUCUCUCGACAGCGUUCUGAAGCUGCAGGACGAACGGAAUGCCAAAGGGUUGACUCCCAUCCCCGCUGAUCCAACGACUUUUCCGCCUGCUUGAUGCCUGGAGUGGGCGGCCUAGUACGGUGUUACUUCAACGCUUUGUUCUUGCUAUUGAGGCUGAAGUAUUCUGGACCCAAAUACGAUGGACCCAAAUACGAUGGACCUGGAUACGACUGUAGCUAUGAACAUAUAGAU